GAUCUCUCGCAGCAUUCGGCGGAAAGGCCAAAGUUCCUUACCUAGGCAUCGACUCAGAAGCGGUAGAUCUCUCAUUUCGAUUGCCGAUUUUCCACGCCGACUUCAGGCGCUGAAGUAAGAUCAGGGAGGGUGAGAAGUUGAGCAGUGAAGCAUCCAUCCGUCCCAAAAUGACAUACAUCAUGACGCUGCUCCUUCUCUCUCUGUGUUUCUGUUGCCCGGCAGCAUCAAUCAAUUGCCUCCUACCCGCAAUUGAUUAAUGGCAUCCUCCUCGUGGCUGCUGGUGAUUCUCGCCGUCUUGGCUCCCGUGAUGAUGGGCGCGGCUGGCCGGCACGGGUAGGGUACCGUCACGAUAGACGCGUACAUGCGCAGACAGACAGACAUGCGAACGCACCGCAGACGCUGCCCAUAUGUGUGUGGUGUGGUGUUGCUUGGUGUUGCGUUGUGUGUGUUUUGGUUUGUGACAUUCAGUGGGCCUGAUCCGUCGCCUGUUCCGGCCGAGCCGGCCUUCGCAUGGUCGCUAGUCUUCGCACAGGUGACGAACGAACGAACGAGGCAGCUGUCUGUACACACACAGACAGACAGACGCACAGCGUGGUGGGCCUCUUCUGUAUAUCGCGAUGUGCCGCAUUAUUUGCUGCAUUCGUUUGGCAGGAGUUCUAUGAGGAGUUCAUCUACGGGCCGUUCGUGCAGACCACGGUAAGUGCAAGUGCGCAUGAUUGAUGCACUGCACUGCACUUGUCACUGGGCUACGCUACGCUACGUCUGUCUGUCUGUCUAUCUAUCUGUCCAUCUCUCUCUGUGCGUGCGGCUGCUUCUGUCAGACGGGCGUGUACACCUACGGUAGGUAUAACGCACAGACAGAGACUCACACAGAGGGGACCACAUGGGUGGACCAUACCUGUGUGUGUGUGUCCUGUGUGUGUGUGUGUCUGCAGACUGGCAUUCCCGCCGAUAUCGCGUCGAUCGGGCCAAUGGCAGAUUUGACCGAUACUGCGGUGGGCGCACAGACAGACAGACAGACAGAUGGAUGGAUGGAUGGAUUGACACCCACACCGUGUGUGUAUGUGUUGCGUACCUGGCGGCCUUGCGCAGGUCCCAACGGCCACAAGAUCUUCGAAGACACCCCAUGCUCGCAGCUGGUGGUACGCACCUGAGCAACCGGCCAUAUGUGUGUCGUGCAGCCGAUGGAUGGCUGGCUGGAUGGAUGGAUUCGUUCAGGUGAACGGGACGCGGUACAUGCUGUACACUGACAAGCGCGAGUGCUGCAUGUGCUGCGACGACCAACACGGCUGCGGCAUCCUCAAACCCACCUGGGCCGAACAAGCCAAAUACGUACGGACGCGCGUAGCUACUACGCAGACCCACCCCUACACGUACGUCGUGUGUGUGUGUGUGUGUGUGUGCAGGCGGGAGAGGCCCCCUAUGUGCUGAGAAACGGUAUGCACACACACACACACACACACACGCACCUGUGGACAUAUAUAUAUAUUGUGGACAUAUAUAUAUAUAUAUAUAUGUGUGUGUGUGUGUGUGUGUGUGUCUGUGUGCCUGGGUCCAUGGCAUAGGUACGACCAUCCAGGCCCACUCGUGGGUGGUCAAGGGCAACCAGGACAACGUCGUGUACGAGGCCCUCGACGGCACACUCCUCGAAAUCUUCCAAAAGCCAAACGACAGACAGGUAGCUGAGCUGAGCUGCAUGCGCUGUCACACAAAUGGAUGGGUGGAUGGAUGGAUGGAUGUCAUGUGUGUGGGUGAAUCGGUGCAGGUGUUCGACCCCUCUUCACUGACGCACAAGCUGGACAAGUCGGUGUUGGAGCUGCCCGACUGGUGCGACCCCACCAAGCCGUGCGACACCUUGAGCACCUGCACGGCCGUCCAGCACGCGCCGAUCUUCUCUCUGAUGGACUUCAUCUGGCCGCACAAACAGCAGCAGCACACCAGCCCCAGCAGCCCCAGCAGCAGCUGCGCAAGCAAGAACAGGCCAUCUUUGCCUAGCUGAGUUGAGAGAGAGACACAGAGAGACCAGACAGGCAGGCAGACAGACAGACAGGCACACAGCACACAGGCGUCAAGCGUCCCGCGGUGUUUUUGGUUUUGGUGACAUUGGUUUCUUCCGUCCGUCAUGAUUCUCUCGUGUGUGUAUGUCAGCAGUAGUUGUGUCUGUCUGGUGUGUUUGGUGUGUGAGAGUGCGCGUGAGGCUGUGAAUGCCAACAAACAUGGCUGCCUGCCCUGUAUGCCUUCUUAUAUAUUUGUGUGGCUUGGUGCUUUUGUCCGUGUGUGGUGUGUGGUGGCUGUCUGCCCGUCUGGGUGUGUGUCUGCCUGUGUGUGGUGCUGUGGGUCUUUUUCCGUCCAUCCAUCCGUCAGUGUGUGGAGCUUUCCCGCCCACCCUCCCGCCCACAAUCGAUGCUGCCCAAGACCUACCUGAG